GAUGGUAUCGCGGUUGUGCCAGAUGCCAGAUGUACGCCACCGAACGGACCCGUCUACGUCGGUGUUCGUAAAUUCUUUUCGAUUUUAUUAAUAUUGUUAAUUUGACACACGCAGGAAUUUAAUUAUAUACCUACGUUUUCGUUUCUCACAUGGAUUGGACUUUGGUAAAAUUUGUGGUGUCUCAGUUUCGAAAGUAAUGCUGGCGUAGAACGCAUAAGAAGCUAUGAUAUAGGUAACAUCGGUGUGUCACGGAAAAUAAAUCUGAUAAAAAUGACAUGGUGAAGAUACGCUUAUCAUUUUGACGAAAGCGUUUAAGGGAGUAACAAGUAAACAGGUAGAAUGGAGGAAAGUUCAGAAAAUGUUUGGCAUAAGAGUAAACCUGAAGAACAAGGUGAAUUGUUUCAUAGAGAUUCUGCGGCAUCUGUAGACACUAAUUCGACAUCAUUAGCUGAUAUAUUUGAUACAGCAUUUACAUCAACAGUUGAUCCCUCUCCUCAAUCUCGAUUUCAUUCAGGUAAUGAAAUGGAAUGUGAGCCUUUAUUUGCAGAAAGUGAUAUUGAAGAUUCAGAUGUAACAGCUAUAAGUCCUUAUGCAAAUACAGCUCAUUCAACUGCUUCUGAAAAUAAUUUUGUUUAUGGAAAUUAUGUAACACAAUCAGAUACAACUGGCGAUUCCCAAGAAUAUUGGCAAUCUAAUCUCAUAAAUUGCAACAUGUGCCAAAAUAGGCAAGAAAGAAGCUCUAAAAAGGAGCCUCUUACUCGGCAAUUAAAUAACUCGUGUGAAGAGAGACCAUGUGAUAAUUAUAGAAGAAAAAGAAUUUUGCAAGAUCGUGAUUUGGCAGUCAAACAUAAAGCUAGAAAGAGUGAAGAUCAGAAAUUAUUGAGUGGUCAGCAACCAGACAGUCUGAGUAUAGCUGGACCUUCUAGACAAUCAGAUCAUCCUAUUUCUAACAAUAUAUCAAGAUCAACGGAAAAUACGGAUGGUUUACCAAAUUUAGGAAGUGAUAAUGCCAGUGAAUCUAAUAAUUUUGUUCACUAUCGUUCAGUUAUGCCAAAUGUGAUAUCUCCUCAUGAAGUACAUUCAGUGCAUACAUCUCGAAAUGACGACACUCCAUUGGCGCCUGAUUUACAACUAGAUUGGUCCUCCAGUAGUGAUAGCGAUGACGAAGACGGCUCAGUUGAAGUACUUGGAACUGUUAAUCGUAAUACCAAGAAUUCAUUAGAAAAUACGAAUGAAGAUAACCGUACGGUUACUGUAGUUGAUUUAACUGUAGAAUCUGAUGAAGAACAUGCACCAACUACGCCAGCGAAUCCUGUUGUAGUUAAUCCUUGGUCAUCAAGCUAUAGUCAUAGAAAUAAUCCACACUGUAUGUAUGGAUCUUCACUAUAUACAGAUUAUUUUAAUCAUUUGCAUAGCAUACACUCGUUACAUAAUAACAUGUACCACAAUCACAGAAUGCCUAUUCACUCAGGCUACGGAUCUGUAGGAGCGGAUGUAUCGGUAAAUGUAUCGAGGCCCCGCAUGAAUCCUGUUCAAGAAAGAUUAUGGAUGAAUCAACAACGUAUACAAGAAUUGCACAGACGACGACUUUAUCAUAGAACUUCUCCGCAUUACUCUGCGGGACUACUACCAUGUACUGCGGGACACAUGCAUUCGCCGACGCAACACACUUGUGGAGGAAUGGAAAACAGCAAUCCUUCGAGUGCACGAUGCACUAAUAACAACGGAACGGACAAUGCGACGCAUACAGAAAGUUAUCCUCCUCCUCCCAUUCUACCUCCGCCGCAGCAACCUACCGUUUACAGCCAUCCUGAAGCUCGGGGACCACCUAACUUCUUCAGAGGACCGUGUCCUGUUCUGCCUAUAAUCGUCAAUCCAUUGAGUGGUGUGGAAGAAAUGGAACCACCUCCUCCGGUAAUGCUGCCCUCGAUGCCGGUGCAUCAACACGUGCAUCAUCAUAUGUAUCAUUACGAUCCGCAUCAACGGUCGUCACAACGAAUGCAUCAUGUGCACAUCAGUUUUCAUCCACAUGCGCAGGAUAGUGCGCAAACACCAUUGAUGUCGCCGUUUGCGCCGUUGGGUUUUUCUGAUUUUGUGCUGCAAGGACCACGACAUAUAUCAGCUCGACUGGAUAAUUAUAUGCGCAUUGUUGAUCUGCGACGUAUGGCUCAUAUAAGUUGUGGGGCUACACAAGAAUCUAUUGAGAGUCACACAUUCCCUCAUAAAUACAAACGGAUGAAAAAGGUUGAGAACGGGGAAGAUGCUAUUGAAAAGUGUACAAUAUGUUUGUCUGAAUUUGAAGAUUGUGAAAGUGUCAGGAGGCUUCCAUGCAUGCAUUUAUUCCACAUUGAUUGCGUCGAUCGAUGGUUAUGCACUAAUAAACGCUGUCCUAUAUGUCGAGUGGACAUUGAAACUUUUCUUCAUAAAGAGCUCACUACAUCGGCAUAGUUUAAGGUUUUUCUCACAUCCGCUUUGUUUUUAAAAAAAUAAUCAGGUAACAUUUAUAUAAUAUUAAAUAUUUCAAGAUAAUUUAUCCAAGGGAAAUUUAUAUUGGGUCACCAUUGCAAACAUAAAUUGAUGGUGUAAACAUGUUAUGGAUAAUCAAAAUAAUAUCAAAUCACACGCUGAAGUUCCUUUUGAGAAGGUACGAAGAGUUGUAACUGUUCAAUUUUAUGGUAGAUCUACCUGCGAUAUAUAUUGGUUAUCCAUUGUUAUCGAGGUUGUGUGUAUGUGCGUGUAUGUGUGUAUGCGCGUGCGUGUGUUUAGUACACUUUAACUUAUGAGAAAACUUGAAUUUGUAAAUAUUUAAUUGACAUCCAAUGUAAAUUUUUGUAAUGUUUGUAUUAAAUUUGUAACCUUGACAAAAAUUCUAACAUUACAUGUUACAGUACUGGUGACAAUUUAAAGAAUAGAUCCAUUUUAAUUUUGUCUUCGUACACUGAUAUGUAUCUAUUAUAACAAGUUCUUGUCGAAACUUUAAUAAUAUUAACAUGAAUAUUAUACAUUUUGGAAAGUUAUUUGCAAUUGUUGCAAGAUGUUACCAAUUGUCCUACAUUUGAAAAUAUCAGUAGUAUAUUUUUUCAAUCAAUUGACGUAUCGUUUUUUUCUAUAUACGUAUAUUAUCACAAAUGAGAGUGCAGCGUCAAUUACAUAAACUAAUACCGAAAUUAAAAUCAACAUAAGACAAAACAAUCAACAAAAUUUUAAUUUUUUUUGAUCAAAUUGUUCGUAUUUUAAUUUUUUUCUGAAUAAUAUACUGACGCUAAGCCAAAGAUUUAGCCUAAGUAGUGUAAAUAACGAUUAUCUGAUCUAUGGCAUGAUUACGUGAUUUUAAACUUAAGAGAAAAAAUAGCCAUUGCACCUAUAUAAAGAAUAUUACAAAAAAAAUCAUUCUAUUAUCAGGCCUUAUAUGAUAUGUAUUGUCACUUCUGUGUAUAUAUACAUACAUAUAUAUAUAUACACAUUCUGUUAUAAUGGAAUCAAAAAAAUACUACUGUCCUAUGAUAAUCCAUGGUAAAGAUACAUCGUGUUUUUUACCAUUACCUUUACUAGUACCUUCAGUAUUGAAGUUGAAUGUAAUACAAAUCAUUUUAUUUUGUUAAAUGUGCGAUAUAAAAUAUAAUAUAUAUAUAUAUAUAUAUAAAAUAGAUAGCAUAAAAAAAAACAAAUAACAUUACAAGAUUUUCCAUUAUAGGUUUGACAGUAAAAAAAAAAAAAAAAAUGAAUU